AUGUAAGUAAACUUUUUGUAUGUUAGAGUGUUUUUAAUAACCCAAAGAAUUUAAAAAGAUUAAGUAACUUUGCUCUAGAAAAAAAUACAAAAAAAAAAAUAACAAUAAAAAAGUUAACUUUGUCAAAAUUUAAUGAGCUCAAACAAAAAAUUUAUAGAUUUUAAUUUUAAGUAUUAAUAGAUCACUAAUGAAUUUCUUUAGUAAAUAUUUGAAUAAUUAAAAUAACAUACCAAUAUCACAUCAUUUUCUAUGUGUUUAGAAGGACAUUAGAUAACCAAUGAGUAUAUAUAAAUAGUUUCUCAAGGAAUAGCUGAUUGUAUAAAUAUAGAAUCUUUUGUUUUAGAUUUAAGUAACAUUUCUCAAAUUUCUGAAUCAGUAGACACUUUAAAGUUGAGCUAAGGAAUUUAUUAAAAUAAAAAUAUUAAGUCUUUUACUUUACAUUUGAGUUAAGAUUGUAUUGGACCUUAAGAAACAUAAAACUUAGUUUAAGAAUUCUAAAAUAGCUCAAAUCUGGAAUCUUUCACCAUCAAUUUAUUCAAUAAUAAUAUAUCAAGCUAAGGGGCUAGUUACAUUGGAUAAUGUCUACCUAAAUUAAAUAAUUUAAUUUCCUUUAAAUUAUUUUUAUAUGCUAAUAAGAUAUCAGAUUAAGGAAUUUUAAAUCUAGGAAAUGGGAUCGGCUAAUGUAAAUAGCUAAACAAUUUUUAAAUAGAUUUAAGUUAAAACUUAUUUGGCUAAAUAAGUCUAAUUAAAUUUCAUAAAGCUACUUCAAAAUGUUAAAAUCUAACUUAUUAUACACUGGCCUUAAUGGGUAUCUAGAUUGAUUAAGAAAAAACUGGAAUAAAUUGUUUCAAAGCUAAAAGAUUAGUUUCUUGUUAAUAUAUUUUUUGA